UUCCAGCAUCAGCCGUCACGGUUGUCCUACUGUCUUAGCAUUGCGGAUAUAUUCUUCUGUUCCUAAUUUAUUCUAGUCUUCAAUAUCUCAACCCUACAAUAUGGCUGAUGGACCAAGUCUAGCCGUCAAUGUCUCUGGGAUUCUCCAGAUUGCCAGCAAAAUCACCCAAAUCAGUUACAGCCAUGCUCGGGAUGUCCACAGAGCGCCAAUAACACAAAAGGCGUACUUGCAGGGAAUCUCAGCAUUGAUGGAGGUUUUACUUCGUACUGAAGAGGCUAUUCGUGAUACCGAAGCUACUGGACUAUUACUUUCCCGACCAGCUUAUUUGAACGAUGACCUCUUGGCUGAUUGUCAUGGGCAGCUAACAGAUCUCUAUAUAGAGUUGCAAAAACAUAUUUCAGAACUCCGAUGGCCGCUACAAGAUAAAGAGGUAAGGGAAAAAGUUGAUAUGCUUCGGAAAUACCGAUCGCUUUUCGCUGAUUUCCUGUCCGCUUGCGUGUCGUGCGUGCCGUAGACCAUUGUCUCUUUUACAUCCGUCUAACAGUGACAGGAUAAGCUCAAGGGCAGUGAGAAAUAAUGAUCCAGCCCUUAGCAAAGAGCUGGACCGACCCCUCUUACUUUCAUUGGUUCCCUCAUCGAGUAUGCACCUGCGCCAGAAACCGUCGCCAUGUAAAGGAACCGGUCAAUGGUUUCUAUCCUCAUCAAACUUCCUCGGAUGGAUGGACAGGUCGGUUCGAGCUUUGUGGUGCCACGGACCACGUACGUAAAGCUUCUUUAC